UACAAAACUUUCGAUCUACCUAUAUAUAACGCUUGAGAUAUGUAUUAAGGGUACAUUUAGUUUGCAAAAUGUCGGUUCGUCAUGUUAUAAGCAGUAUAAUAUCAUGCUCCGUCCUCAUAUUUACCAUCAAAGGGCAGGGAAUGAUAGGCACGGGUAAGUGGACAUUGGUGGUAGCUCAAAAUUGUUCGAGAGACGCGGAGAUGCCACACAAGAUGUAUAUGCACAAACACAAGCUUAACCGUACACACAACUACUUCGACCUUGGCGCAACUAUUCCAGAAGUCAUCGAUAACUCUAUUGCUGUUCGCGUAGAUAUAAAAAGGAAAGUGGACGGUGCAUGGAAGCAGUACAUGAUUUGGGCCGACGACUGCUUGCCAUGUGCGUGUAAACAAUUUGCCGGAAAAAACAUGAAGAGAGGGUUCGAAGCCGCUGGGAUAGAUCCACCAGACUUUCCUAUUCCUAAAGGACGAUAUGAUAUCCAUAGAUUUAUCGUGGAUUCCAACGGGCUUCCCAAGUUCGGAAUGUGGGGGGAAUGGAUGGCGGACGCCUACGUAAUGAAGGACGGGAAGGAUAUGGCUUGCCAGCAGGUACUGAUGACGUACGAAAAGACGGAUUUAUAUUAAAUUACAAAGAAGACAGGACAGGGGACGAUCGCUUAUCCAUGCAAACAUAGUCCCAAUUUCGCCCUCUGGUUUUUGACAUUAGAGAAAAUAGGUUUGCACAAUUUGCCAUUCAAGUCAAGUCAAUAUAUUCUUUAUUCAAAUAGGCCUAGCAACAAGCACUUUUAAAUCGUCAAAUUUUACAAAUAUCAUCUUAAUCUAAAUAUCAGAGCAAUUUAUAGAUGCAGUUAUUAUUGUUCUAAAAAAAAAAAACAUUGAAUUAUUCAAGCACCAAAAUUGUAUAAAAAUACUAGUCUAGAAAUUUUCUAGAAUAAAAUCUAAAUGUCAAAAAAUACGGUAUAUAUAUAUAUAUACAUUGAGUUAUCAAUUUCAUCAUUAUUAACAUAACAAUAAAUAAUUAAUUAUUUACAAUCACACUUAAUCCCAUCAAGCUGUCCAUUCAAUUGCCUGCAUUGCCACGUUGAAUGCACAUUUCCUUCUUCCCAUCGGUAGCGAGCAUGAGGACAUUUUCUAUUUAUAAGACCCUUAUUUUAAGUUUACUUUUAUUAUUAAUUUUAAGUUUAUUUAUAGUCUAUCUUUAUUAACUUGUCUAUAAAAACUACUAUUAAAAUUUCGAUUUUUUAUUACCUAUUAUAAAAGUUUAGAAGCAAAAAACACAUUAUAAACAACCUAUAUAAUGUGUAAUUAAUAAAAUAAAAAUAAAACAAAUGAGGGGGCUGGUUAAUGUAUCUUAUUUUGUCAUCAUAUUUUUUUCUAUAAUGUUAAUAUGUCUACAUAUAACGACGAAAAUGGGGCCUACGUUUAUUUCAGGGAAGCCGUCAUCCGCUUUCGUUCGUCUUUAUUAGGGCUAUUUUUGGAACGAAGUUCCUUAUCGGACGGUUGGCGGAUGGGGGCUAGGUGAAAAAAAUUGUAAGCUUUUUGUCACGAAAAUCCGUCACUAACCUUCUUAUUUAAAUUCUAUCUUGAGAAUAAGUAGCCUAAUUUCAUCGACUUAUGUAUAUCCUAUAGUGGCGCAUUUGUCAAACAGCCGCUUUGUAACUGCGACGAUCCGGGUUCGAUCCCCGGAUGUCUAUGCAGAUAUUACUUUUUUGCACUUGAAUUUUAUAUUUUUAAUUAACUAAGGGAGUGUAAAGCUCGAGCUAACCGUAUCAGUGACCAUUGUACAAAAAUGUUUUCUUAUGUUAAGUUGUUCUACUUGCUUGUAAGUCGCUUAUAUUUUAAUGUUUGUAUUAUGUAUUUAUUUAUAAACCCUCCCACGGGUAACUUUAAGGGGUAUAUCGUUCAAUAUUUUGUUAUGUUUUAAAUUAUAAUGGGUCUUUAUUUGUCAAAACCACCAUAUAUUCUAAAUGCAAGGUUUUAAAAAAGUUUUUAUUGUUUAAUUGCACUAACUUUUUAACUUAUCCGAAAUCUUACGAAAAACCCAGAUUUCUUGUUUGUUUGCAGCUGCUUCGUAUUACUUUGCAAUACUAAAUAUAGCACGAUUGUUUCUCAAA